UUAGGUAUUAUGUUAUUUUUUACGGCAAUGUACAUCAAUAUCCGAUCUGACAGUUUGCUGACGUCAUUACGGAAAGAAAAAGAUGACACGUAUCAAACAAAAAUCUGGGGAUUCCUAUUCGAGUACGUGUCUGGUGCUAACUUCCUGGGAGAAAUAGUGGAGUGGAUCGGUUUUUCUGUGGCGUGUUUUAAUCUCCCCUCUUUGGCAUUUGCUGUAUUCACUCUGUGUUAUAUCGGCCCUAGGGCUGUCCAUCAUCACAGAUUUUAUCGAGAGAAAUUUGAGGAUUAUCCAAAAGACAGAAAGGCUCUGAUUCCAUUUCUUCUGUAAGACGGGGUUUCAACCACAAAAUGGCGGGGAUCGUGCAAUAAAUACACUUACAUUUGAUUAUAUU